AUGGCGACAAUACCGACGGCGCUGCCUGCUACUGCUGACCAGGGUGAACACGACCGACAGUCCGCCCACGGUAGCCGCCAGCCCUCACCUACACCGUCCGCUCGGUCCAAUGUGUCAACAUCGAGUGUAGUAAGACGACAACAACUCCUACAACUGCAACUACAAGCCGCAGAAGAGCGCGCCUUAGUACAGACCAAACUGAUUGAAGAGAGACUUGCAAUAAGAUCACAGGCGCUGGAAGACGAAGACAACUGCAUCACGCCUAGCAGAUAUCAGUCCCGCGAAUCGAUACACCUGCCUACAACUUCAGGUAUGAUACAUCACGACAGUAUGCCUCAGACCAUGCCAAUGGCCGUCAAUACUAAUCCUCAGACACAGCCUGUCAUACAUACAGUACCACAACAUAUUCCGCAAUCGCCACAUCAUUAUACAUGUAAACUAGAGAAUGAUAUGUCCAAACUCUUAGCCAGACAGACAUGCACAAAAGAGUUGCCUAUGUACAGCGGUGACCCAGAAGACUGGGCAUUAUUCUAUAGUCAGUAUAAUUCGACAACACGCCUAUGUGGUUAUAGCGACGACGAAAAUAUUGCGAGAUUAUCACGCUGCCUAAAGGGUCGUGCACGUGACGCUGUAUCUGCCCUGUUGGUGAGUGCAACAAACCUGAAAUUAAUUAUUGACACAUUAAAAUUACGAUUUGGUCGACCGGAAUUAAUCAUAGAAGUCAUGUUAAAUAAAAUAAGAGCCAUGCGCGAUAUACGUCACGACGAUGUCAGUCACUUAAUAGAAUACGCGACUGCAAUUCAAAAUAUUGUUGCGACUAUGAAAAUGACAGAUGAAAUCGGACAUUUGACAAAUCCCACAUUGAUAAGGGAAAUAAUUGGAAAAUUGCCGUCUUUAUUGAAAUAUCAAUGGAAGUGGCUAAUGACAGUAGCUAAUGCCGCGACAUAUAUUGCUCCGCUUCCUGUAAAAUAUGUAAAUAAUUCUAUGCCGAGACUGCCGCCUAAGCCUGAACAUAGACAAUGGAGACCAGUGAUAGCUGCGACAUCUUCUUAUUCAGCUUCAUGUGUCCUAUGUAACAGAGAUCAUCGAUUAAGUGACUGCGAUGACUUCAAGCAGAUGACUACUGACGACCGCUGGAAGCUGGUAACUGACAAAAAAAUGUGCUUUUCUUGCCUAUCUCUGCGACAUCAGCUGAAAGCAUGUAGGAGAAAAACUAAAUGUUCAGUACCUAACUGUACACGUGCACAUCACACCCUGCUUCAUGCUGCUCCGCGUGAUGAGUCCGGAGAGAGAGUGGUUUCAGUCAACCAUACCGAAAUGACAGCGAGCAUCGACAACCAACACUCUCAUGUACUACUGAAAGUUAUCCCGGUGGUAGUAUCAGGAACAAAGGGUGAUGUCACUACAUUUGCACUCCUAGACGAAGGAGCAUCUUUGAGCCUAGUUGACAAUGCGCUGCUCGACAGGGCCGGCAUUACCGGACCGACAAGAAGUUUACACAUGCGCGGUGCGUCUGGAAUGUCAACUACAGAGACGGACUCAAAAAUAGUGUCGUUUAAUAUUCGCGGUAUAAAUGAACAAAAUGUGUAUAGUGUAAAUAGUGUGCGUUCUAUAAAUAAUUUGAACAUUUCUGUAGAUAGUAUUUCAUAUAAAAAUAUUGUAAAUAAAUUUCCUUAUGUAAAAGACUAUGUGACAGACUAUAACAUACGACCUAGAAAAAUUGAAUUACUGAUUGGACAAGACAAUAUCGACUUAAUUAUAACUAGACAAAUAAUACAAAGACAUAAGAACGGACCUAUGAUUUCUAAGACAGACUUGGGUUAUGUUUUACAUGGAAACAUUGGGUUCAGUAGUAUAACGAAUGACAGUACUAUAUUACAUCUCUGUUCUUGUGACGAAUUACAUAACCUGGUGAAGAGAUCUUUCUCUACAGAUUCUUUCGGUGUGAAGCAGACAGGCGACUUUCCUCGUUCUCGAGAGGAUCAGCUGGCACUGAAGAUUAUGGAACGGACAACGAAGCUCUUGCCUGAAGGACGAUGGGAGACUGGCUUGUUGUGGAGGUCUGAUGACGUUCAGCUUCCUAACAGCUACCCACAGGCGAAGAGUCGACUCUCAGGUAUUCAGAGAAAGUUUAAUAGGUACCCUGAGUUUGCCGUCAAGUAUGAGGAGAAGAUACAGGAGAACCUCGACAAGAGUUAUAUUUCGAAGCUAUCCUUAGAGGAAGCUUCAGUCAAGACAACCAAAACCUGGUAUCUUCCUCAUUUUGCCGUAUUCAACCCUAAUAAGCCUAACAAAUUACGGAUAGUACUAGACUGUGCCGCCAAGUCUGAUGGUAGGUCACUCAACGAUUUUUUAAUGAGCGGACCGGACCUUUUGACAUCUCUGCCUGCCGUACUAUUAGGGUUCCGUAUAGGUAAAUUUUCUGUUAUUGGAGAUAUUCAAGAAAUGUUUCACAGAGUUCUUAUUAGAGAAGACGACAGACAUGCCCAGAGACUUCUGUGGAACGACGACAUAUAUAUAAUGAAUGUUAUGACCUUCGGAGCAGUCUGCUCACCAUCAUCAGCACAAUAUGUCAAAAAUAUUAAUGCCCGCAGAUAUGAGACGACCUGUCCUGAGGCUGUAAAGGCAAUUGUUGACCAUCACUAUGUCGACGACUACAUUCACUCCUUUGACGACGAGGACGAUUUAAUACGAGUGGUGGAUGACGUUAUACGUAUACAUGCCUCUGGUGGUUUCAACUUAAGAAACUUUGUUUCGAAUUCCCAAAGACUUUUACAGCACUUACCUAUAGACAAGCUUGCUCCGAGUAGCCUGAAGAUUCUCUCCGACUCCAAGGAUGACCAGAUCGAGCGUGUACUUGGAGUACGCUGGAACCAAGAGACUGAUGAGUUUGUCUUUGAACUCAAGUUUCCAAAGGUAAGUGAGGACAUUAAGACCGGGCUAAAGAAACCAACCAAGCGUGACGUGUUGAGAUUGACAAUGUCCAUCUUUGAUCCAUUGGGUUUCCUCCUGUACGUCACAGUAAGGGGUCGAAUACUCCUACAAGAUGUGUGGAAAUCUAAAAUCGGAUGGGACGACGAAGUCGAAUCGAGUCACUUCGAGAAGUGGCAAUUAUGGUUGACGGAACUUCAAAAGAUCAGUACGUUUAGACUUCCGCGUUGGUUCUUUACUGACAUGUGUGACAAACAAGUUACAGAACUACAUGUAUUCUGCGAUGCAAGUAGUAAGGCAUACGCAAGCGUUGCUUACCUUCGUGUCAAGACGGUAGACGGAAGCUGUCACGUAUCCUUCAUCAUGGCACGUGCUCACGUCGCUCCGCUGAAGGUGAUGAGUAUACCCCGACUCGAGCUGCAAGCUGCACUCAUGGGUGCUAGGCUAGCUCAAACCUUGAAGAGACACUUUGACACAAGCGUAACGCUAUGGUCUGACUCUAAGACUGUUUUAAGCUGGUUGCGUUCUGAUAGCGGUCGUUUCAAGCCUUUCGUCGCUCAUCGUGUCAGUGAGAUCUCCGAGAUAACCGACGUCAAUCACUGGAGGUGGGUACCAUCAGGACUGAACGCUGCAGAUGACGCUACAAGAGACACGACAAUUGAGGAUAACGUGAGGUGGCUACAUGGACCACAGUUUCUUCGUAUGUCUAAGCAGUUCUGGCCAUUAGAAGAUAACGACGUAGCUGUGGAUCCUACAGACAUUGAAGUAAAAACUCUCUGCGUCUUAACAGUUGUACCUUUCGAGCUACCUGAUAUCAGCCGCUUUUCUAAAUUCUGGAGGCUAAUAAGAAGUACCGCCUGGUUUUUUCGAGCUGUAUACAACUGGUCCCACAAAGACAAUAGAAAGAAGGGUGAAUUAACAGUAGACGAAAUUAAAAUAGCAGAAAAGUCGUGGAUUAAAGAAAGCCAGGGAAACUUAUUCCAUAAUGAAAUAAGUUGUUUGAAGAAGUCUGGACAGGUAGACAAAGACAGUUGCUUGCGACAGCUGACACCUUUUUUAGACAAAGACGACAUUCUUCGCGUUGGUGGGAGGAUUAGUGAGGCCGACGUUAAUAGUGAUACUAGGCACCCCAUCAUUUUGCAUCCAAAAGACAAUUAUACUCGUCUGCUAAUGCACCAGUAUCAUCAAGACGCAGCCCAUACAGGACGAGAGCUGGUUUUCAACAAUUUAAGACAGCGUUUUUGGGUAAUUGGUGGAAGAAAUGCUGUCAAGUCUGUCUGGAACGACUGUCAAUACGACUGA